UGUGCUGUGGAGCAUUAUUGGGUGGGAUCUAUGUGUUGAGAAGCUUGGUGAAAUUAUUGGAUAGAGAUUGAAAAUAUUUAUGUGACCAUUUUUUAAAUUAUUCAAUUCAAAUUAGAUUAUUCAAAUUACAGGAGAUGGAGGAGGUUAAUUAUACAUUGUUUUCUUGGUUUUAUAACUUUUUGUAUCCAGUUAAGUGCAGUUUAUUUCAAUGUUCCAUGAUAACAAGCUAGCUACCAGUUCGAGUGUGCACCUUUCGCCGCCAACGCUAUCUCAAAUUGUUUUUACUUUUUGUUGAACCCUUUUCAUUCUCUGGGGCACACGGAAAAGGUGCGAAUUAAAACCGAUGUCGACUGCCUGAGAUCAGUUUCAUGAAGAAAGAUGAAAAGGUGAUGGCGUUCAAUACCAAUUGCUAUCAAAAGUAUAGCUGGUUAACAGGGAGCCUUUCAUCAAACCGUCUGUAUUUUUGCUUUUUGGGAAUUCUGAGCCUUGGGCGAUAGCAGGGUACAGUGCCCUGAAGAACAUUGAUCAUUCAGCUAAAUGGCAAAACAAAAGCAGAGAGCAUAACGUUAUAAGAUUCAAGCUUCUGGGAAAAAGCCGCAUCGAUCAUGACGAAGAUCUGCGUAUUCAGAAUGCGCAACACAACUAGAAAGUAAGAAGAAACAGGGAUAUUCUCAAGCGGUUUAUCAACACCACUGCGUUUUUGUGCAUGCAAAAAUUGGGAGGGCACAACGAGAGGGAAUGUUCCGCUAACUAACAAGUGUAACCACAAGGAGCUUUUUGCAGUAAUUGCACGUUUCGAUGCUUUACUUGCUGAACAUAUGGAACUUUCAGUCUUUUCUGGGAUCAUUCAGAGAGAGGUUGACGCAGGGCGCUCAAACUCUUCCUGUUCCCUGAUUUAAGAAGUGACCACUCCACUGCGAUUGUCAACUCUCUCCUGACAUGAACUGAAGCCACAUCUCAUCUCAUAAUACCUAGGAUAGGGUAAGUAAGGGAUGGCCAGCCAAACAGGAGGGUGAUUUUUUACUAAGGAGGAAAAGGAGGCCGUGCUGACCGAGAUGCAUGUUGGCCAUUUCGGAGUGAAGAGCAUGAUUGCCAAAAUCAACCUACGCUUCUUCUGACGGGGAAUUGUCAAGGAGGUGGACAGCUGUGCAAGUGAUAAACAAAAGCUUUAAAAAGGUCGGUAUCCUGUCUAGCCUGACAGAAGUUUGAGAGGGCAAAGACUGUGGCGCCGGAGUUGAAGCCCAUCAAAGUAGUUUCACCAUGGCACAUGAUCAGUAAGUGUCCCAAUUCAAAUUUUGCAGAUUUCAGUCAAAUCAAAGUUUAUUUGUCACGCACGCCGAAAACAACAGGUUACAGGUUACAGUUCACCUUACAGUGAAAUGCUUACUUACAGGCUCUAACCAAUAGUGCAAUUAAAAUAAAAAAAGGUGUUAGGUAAGUAAAGAAAUAAAAACGACUGAAAAAUAACAGUAGCGAUGCUAUAUACAGGCACCGGUUAGUCGAGCUGAUUGAGGUAGUAUGUACAUGUAGAUAUGGUUAAAGUGACUAUGCAUAUAUGAUAAACAGCGAGUAGCAGCAGCGUAAAAGAGGGGCACACAAAUGCAAAUAGUCUGGGCUAUAUUAUUAUAGUGUGUGUGUGUCAGUGUCCUAACAAAUAUGAAAAUCUGCAUACUUUCAGCCCUUUCCAGCUUCAUGCAAGUCAACAAUUCUUAAUCUUAGGUCUUCUGAGAUCUUUGGUCGAAGAAUGGUUCAGAUCAGGCAAUGCUUCUUGUGAAUAGCAAACUCAAAUUUUGAGUGUUUUUUUUUAUUUUAUAGGGCAAGGCAGCUCUAACCAACAUCUCUAAUCUUGUCUCAUUGAUUGGACUCCACUCAUUGAUUGGACUCCAGGUUAGUCAUUAGCCCGGGGGUUAAUACUUUUUCCAACCUGCACUGAAUGUUUCAAUUAUGUAUUCAAUGUAGAGAAGAAAAAUACAAUCAUUUGUGUGUUAUUAGUGUAAGCAGACUGUUUGAACCCCCCAGGCUAAUGACUAACCUGUCUCUGUCUCCUACCCUGUUUCCUUUAACUCUGCUCCUGUUGUUGUGACUUAGAUGAAGAUCAGAUAAAAUUUGAUGACCAAUUUAUGCAGAGAUCCAGGUAAUUUCAAAGGGUUCACUUACUUUUUCUUGCCACUAUCUCCCAUUUAUAACAAUGCACUAAUCCAUCAAAUUUUCUCAUAGUAAGUGUAACCUGUGUAUGUGCUUGUUUAUGUCUCUGUCUCCUCCCCUGUUCCCUUUAACUCUGCUCCUGUUCUCCAGGACCUAGAGGUUCUGCCCAACACCCAGACGUGGAUCCACCUGAUGUCCUCCAUUACCAACCACCCUCCAACUUUUCAUUACAUCAUCUACAGCUACUGUUGUUCUCAUGUUGUCAUUAUCUGCUAAGAAAGUUUUCUUUCUCGAUCAUACCGAGCACAUAUUGUGAGAUACACAGAUUAACUUAACAAGAGCACUGCAAACAUUCAGAACACCUUCUUUGCCCGCUUUGAGGAGACUACAGUGCCACCGACGCGGCCCACUACCAAGAACUGUGUUGCUCCCCCUCUCCUUCUCUGUGGCCGAUGUGAGUAAGACAUUUUAAAUGUUUUUACGGGCAUAUUCAAUCUCUCCCUAUCCCAGUCUGCUGUCCCCACAUGCUUCAAGAUGGCCACCAUUGUUCCUGUACCCAAGAAGGCAAAGAUAACUGAACUAAAUGACUAUCGUCCCGUAGCACUCACUUCUGUCAUCAUCAAGUGCUUUGAGAGACUAGUCAAGGAUCAUAUCACCUCCACCUUACCUGCCUCCCUAGACCCACUUCAAUUUGCAUACCGCCUCAAUAGGUCCAAAGAUGAUGCAAUCACACUGCCCUAUCCCAUCUGUACAAGUGGAUGUACAGCGUGUAAGAAUGCUGUUCAUUGACUACAGCUCAUUAUUCAACACCAUAGUUCCCUCCAAGCUCAUCAUUAAGUUUGAAGCCCUGGGUCUCAACCCCACCCUUUGCAAUCGGGUCCUGGACUUUCUGAUGGGCCGCCCCCAGGUGGUGAAGGUAGGAAACAACAUCUCCACUUCGCUGGUCCUCAACACCGGGGCCCCACAAGGGUACGUGCUCAGCCCCCUCCUGUACUCCCUGUUCACCCAUGACUGCGUGGCCAUGCACGCCUCCAUCUCAAUCAUCAAGUUUGCAGACAACACAACAGUAGUUGGCUUGAUUACCAACAACGACAAGACAUCCUACAGGGAGAAGGUAAGGGUACUCUAAGUGUGUGGUGUCAGGAAAAAAACUCACUCAACAUCAACAAAACAAAGGAAAUGAUUGUGGACUUCAGGAAACAUCAGAGGGAGCACCCCCCCCUAUCCACAUUGACGGGACAGCAGUGGAGAAGUUUCCUCUGCGUACACAUCACGGACAAACUGAAAUUAUCCACACAGGCAGUGUGGUAAAAAAGGCACAACAGCUCUUCUUCAACCUUAGGAGGCUGACGAAAUUUGGCUUUCGCCACCUAAAAUCCUCAAACUUUUACAGAUGCACAAUUGAGAGGAUCCUGUCGGGCUGUAUCACCACCCGGUAAGUCAACUGCACCGCACACAACCGCAAGGCUCUCCAGAGGGUGGUGCGGUCUACACAACGCAUCACCAGGGGCCAACCAUCUGACCUACAGCAACCGAUGUCACAGGCAGGCCAACAACAAAAAAAGCGAGGUCAGUACAGGUGCAUCAAAGCUGGGACCGAGAAGCUGUUUUUCCAGUCUAUCUCAAGGCCAUCAGACUGUUAAACAGCCAUCACUAACAGAGAGGCUGCUGCCUACUUACAGACUCGAAAUCAUUGGCCACUUUAAUAAAUUCAUCAGUCACUUUAAUAAUGCCACUUUAAUAAUGUUUACGUAUCUGACAUUACUCAUCUCAUAUGUGUAUAUACUGUAUUUUAUGACAUCUAUUGCAUCUUGCCUAUGCCGCUAAGUCAUCGUUCAUCCAUAUACAGUUGAAGUCGGAAGUUUACAUACACCUUAGCCAAAUACAUUUAAACUCAGUUUUUCACAAUUCCUGACAUUUAAUCCAAGUAAAUAAUUCCCUGUCUUAUGUCAGUUAGGAUCACCACUUUAUUUUAAGAAUGUGAAAUGUCAGAAUAGUAGUAGAGAGAAUGAUUUAUUUCAGUUUAAUUUUUUCCAUCACAUUCACAGUGGGUCAGGAGAUUACAUACACUCAAUUAGUAUUUGGUAGCAUUGCCUUUAAAUUGUUUAACUUGGGUCAAAUGUUUUGGGUAGCCUUCCACAAGCUUCCCACAAUAAGUUGGGUGAAUCUUGCCCAUUCCUCCUGACAGAGCUGCUGUAACUGAGUCAGGUUUGUAUAGGCCUCCUUGUUUGCACACGCUUUUUCAGUUCUGCCCACACAUUUUCUAUAGGAUUUGAGGUCGGUGCUUUGUGAUGGCCACUCCAAUACCUUGACUUUGUUGUCCUGAAGCCAUUUUGCCAAAACUCUGGAAGUAUGCUUGUGGUCCUUGUCCAUUUGGAUGACCCAUUUGCGACCAAGCUUUAACUUACUGACGUCUUGAUGUUGCUUCAUUGUUCCCUUGGCUUGCAAGCCUCCCCCUUUUUCUUCGAUCUUUGUCCCAAUGUGCAGUUGCAAACUGUAGUCUUGCUUUUUUUAAUGGUUGUUUUGGAGCAGUGGCUUCUUCCUUGCUGAGCGGCCUUUCAGGUUAUGUCGAUAUAGGACUCGUUUUACUGUGGCUAUAUAUACUUUUGUACCUGUUUCCUCAAGCAUUUUCACAAGGUCCUUUGCUGUUCUGAGAUUGAUUUGCACUUUUUGCACCAUAGUACGUUCAUCGCUAGUAGACAUAACCGCUCCUUCCUGAGCGGUAGGAUGGCUGCGUGGUCCCAUGGUGUUUAUACUUGCGUACUAUUGUUUGUAAAGGUGAACGUGGUACCUUCAGGCAUUUGGAAAUUGCUCCCAAGGAGGAACCAGACUUGUGGGGUCUACAAUUUAUUUUCUGAGGUCUUUGCUGAUUUCUUUUGAUUUUCCCAUGAUGUCAAGCAAAGAGACACUGAGUUUGAAGGUAGGCCUUGAAAUACAUCCACAGGUACACCUCCAAUUGACUCAAAUUAUGUGAAUUAGCCUAUCAGAAGCUUCUAAAGCCAUGACAUAAUUUUCUGGAAUUUUUCAAGCUGUUUAAAGGCACAGUCAACUUAGUGUAUGUAAACUUCUGACCCACUGGAAUUGUGAUACAGUUUGAAAUAAUCUGUCCGUAAACAAUUGUUUGAAAAAUGACUUGUUUCAUGCACAAAUUAGAUGUCCGAACUGACUUGCCAAAACUAUAGUUUGUUAACAAGACAUUUGUGGAGUGGUUGAAAAACUAGUUUUAAUGUCUCCAACCUAAGUGUAUGUAAACUUCUGACUUCAACUGUAUUUAUAUGUACAUUUUCUUAUUCCAUCCCUUUAGAUUUGUGUGUAUUAGGUAGUAGUUGUGGAAUUGUUCGAUUACUUGUUAUAUAUUACUGUACUGUUGGAACUAGAAGCACAAGAAUUUCGCUACACUCACAUUAACAUCUGCUAACCAUGUGUAUGUGACCAAUCAGCUGUGAUUUUAACAAAGAGCAGCAGUGCCUGGACUUUGCAGUCUCCCUCUUCAAGUCCCCCUUCUGAGACUGGCUGUCUGUUGAGAACAGGCAGAACCUCGCAACCACCUCUAUAUUCCAAACACCAGAAUGCAGUUUUUUAGUCUAUGAUGGCCAUGUGAGUGGUCAAAAAAUCGUAGAAAAUAAAUGAAUCAUACAAUUGUACCAAAAACUAUUAAAGUUUAUGUAUUAAAAUCUUAAUAUUGCCAGGUUGGUUUUCACAGCUGUUUCACAAGGUAUUAGUUGUAAAUUACCCUUAGAUCGUAGUUAUUUACUCCACGUUAUUGUUGUAUUUAUUCUAGGACCGACAAUAGAUACAACCACAAGGGUGUACUAAUGAGCUAUGCGAGUUAGAAAAAAAUAAUUGUGGGACUACUAAAAUUAUAUUAUUUCAGUGUAGAUAAGGGAAGGGCAGGUAAAAAUGAAAACAUGAUAGCUAGACAAGCCAGUCUAUUAAUCAAACGAAUUUGCAUAUAAAUGGAGUGUAAAUUAGCUGACUUUGUAAUCUGUCAAGCAGAUUACACGUUCUUUGCCUUUUCCUGAAACGUAGCAAUGUUGAAGUCAUAGAACAUGAAAUCUAACGUUAACAAGGUACCCAAUAGUAGUUCGAAUUAUUUUUUUCAUUAUAUUAGCUUACAGCUUGUUAAAACAGCGAAAUUGUCGCGGAAAUCAGGCGACGUUGAAAAUGGUCAUUUAGGCCUUAAUGAUCAUCACAGCGUUGAUAAAACAACGGACGGUAAUAUUUGGCAUGACAGAGCCUAAAUGAGUGUAAAUUGGGAUGGAGCCUGUCAAAGAUCAGCCACAGAGAUGUGAUUGGGAGGUCUCGCCAGAGCUGUAGUGAAUGCAGUGCACACUUGAUUCAUCUCGAUCAUGGUCACAGAUUUCUUGGUAAUCUGGAAAUGAAGAUGAAUUAAAAACUAAAACUGGUGAAUUUGUAAUUGUUUUCAAGAGUGCGAUCUAGCAGGCGUAUUCUUUAAAUCUGUGUCCUUGAAAUACGCGAGCAUGGUUUUACGCGCAGCAAGCAAUUAUAACACACUGACCUGAGCUAAAUUACAUAAAGAUGAACCACAUUCGUGGCAGCCAGAAUAUAAUGAGAGGAAAUACAAGUAUGUGGUUUUGUUCCUUGGGUUAGUACGAAUCCGAAUAUUACGCAACAUAUUCUAGGACUAUUAUGGAUUCCUAGUCAUUAUGACGCAGCUGUCACAAAUCGUUGAAGAAUCAGGAGGGAUUCAUUUCGUCAGUUGCUGUCAACUUCGAGCAUUACCUGCGUCUUACCAGUGUAUUUUACUUAAUUGUUUCCUUAUCCGUGUCUUCUCGUGAUAUUGAAAAUUCAUUAGCUAGGCUACUUGUUUCUUUUCAAGCAAUUAUUAUUGAACAAGUGUCUUUCUUUUAUUGGGUGAUCAAAGAUAUCUGCAUCCAUAAAUUCAGCUUGUCAUGGAUGGAAGCUCAAGUUGUGGAUGGCCAUGUGCAGGCGAUAGUUCACCACAGCCCCCCUCCCCUCCUGAGGCCCUCCUGGUGAAGAUGCAAAAGCUCCGCCAAGAGCUUGGCGAGUUGACUGCAUUAAUGCAGCCUCUCCUGGACCAAAGCAGCAACGCUAUGGAGGCUUCACCACAGCGCCCCCCCACACCUGGAUCUGUCCUGCGCCAACAAGGGGUUGCUGAACCUGUCCUGCUGGAUCAAAGCCCAGUGCACACUUCAACACAGAUAUGGACACGGCCCCUCUCCCCUGAAGCCCUCCUAACACAGAUGCAGCUGCUCCGCCAAGAGGUUGUGGAGCUGAGUGCUUCAAUCAGCCAAGUUCUGGAUGAACCCGAGACGACCUAUUUGGACGCACCGACACCACCUCUCCCGAAAGCCGCCUGGGCCUCCAAGGGUGAGCCUCAGAGGGCCCUGAGCCGGUCCUCCAUCUCCAAGAGUGGGGGCAUGUCAUGGCCGUACUCCAUCUACCCUCACUGUGACCUCAUCGGCAAACCAGUUCCUGAGGAGAAGCCUGUGGCAAUGGUUGACAAGGCUUCCUCAAAUCCCAAUAAGAUGUCUUUCUGGAGGAGGCUGGCAUGUUGUUUUGGGAAGAGGAACAAGACUGGAUCCACUAAGAACAACAAGGUCAAGAAGAAGACCAAGGCAAAGGGGGAGAAGACCAAGGUGGAGAAGGACACUGCCAUGACCAGGGGAUAUUUCUCCACGUAUUUAAACCUCAUAAAACGACUCAAAGUAAUACAACAAACGGGUGAAGAACUGAACUAGGAUUUUUAUCAAAUUAUUUUUCCUAUAGAUUCAGCUGUUAACCUGGUUGCCUGAUCCAAAGACAAACACAUCCUAUCCAUCAGGAUAUCCCGAAUGGGAGAGAUCAUAACAUACUUAUCAAGGCUGGGAUGGUUAAUGUUGUUAAUCAUGUUUUCAAUUAAGUUUUUUAAAUGAUCUACAGAUUCUACGUGACUUUCAUAUGAUGAUAACUUUAGGGUUCUGACAUGAGAAAAAAGACUCAACAUCAAACACAAUGUGGUGAUCUGGUAAUAAAAAUUGUGGGUUACAAAUCUGGAGAAGUUCAAGCUCCUUUUUAAAACACUAUCAUUCAGCACCCUAAUGUUGAUAUGGGGUCUUAUCAAUCAAAGAGAAGGCUGUUGAUAAAAUAAGACUUCCCACCACCAGACUCAUUUAAAAGCAGUUUAAUUAAAACAAUGGUAAAACAAUACAAAUGUAGGGUCAAGUUCCAGUAAGUAUAUUCAGGCAAAUGAUCUUGGAGGACAAAUGAUCUUGCAGUGGGCAGCAGCCUUGAGUCAUUGCCUUGUGCAGCAAUAUCUAACAAGUGAACUAACAAUUCCACAACAAAUACCUAAUACACACAAACCUUUACUUAGAUUUGUGUUUAUUAGGUAGUUGUUGUGGAAUAGUUUUUAUAUAUAUAUAAAAAUUGUAUUGAAUAUUUAAAACGUACAAUAUACUUGCUGUGAAGCCGCUCAAAUUCAUCACAUUAGUCAUCUAACAGACACCCAUCCGGAGAAACACACAGAGGCAACCAACAUCAUGCUCAAGGGCACGUCGACAGAUCUCCCACACGGUCAAAAACGGGGACCGAAACCAGCAAUCCAUCAGCCACCGGCCCAAGCUCCCAACCGCCAGGCCACCAGCC